AUGCCUAGGAGAAAAAUCUCCUGUUGUGGGAAUAGUGCACCAAAAAUGGAACGCUGGGAGAAUCGUGUGGCCGUUGUGACGGGUGCUAGUUCCGGAAUUGGGGCACAAAUAGCCAAAGAUCUCGCAAAGGCAGGAAUGGUGGUUAUUGGCCUGGCAAGACGUGUUGAACGCUUGGAUGAGGUGCGAAGUACCCUACCUGAGCAUCAGAGGCUACGUUUUCACGGAAUAAAGUGCGAUGUUAUGGAUGAUGAUGAGGUGGCCAAGACAUUUUCGCGUAUUGCGGAGAAAUUUGGUGGGAUUGAUGUACUCGUGAAUAAUGCCGGUGUGUACGAUCCCUCAAUGAAGCUCUUCCAAGAGGGGAAUUCAUCGAAAAUCAGUGAAACAAUCAACACCAACAUCACAGGCUUCAUCUCGUGCACGCGUGAAGCAUUCAAAUCCAUGAAGAAGCGCUCCUUCCCUGGGCAUAUAAUCAACAUGAAUAGCAUCUCUGGGCAUCACGUAUCUAAUCUCCCCACGGAUUACUACUUUAACGUCUACGCAGCCACAAAACACGCCAUCACCGCUCUCACGGAAACAGAACGGCAGGAAUUUGCAAAGGAACGUCUUGGGAUUAAAGUUUCCAGCAUUAGCCCAGGGAUCGUUCAAACGGCACUCUCACCGCACUUCAGCAAGGAAGCUCUGCGAGAUUUUCCCCAUCUCUUCCCCCAAGAUGUUUCCCAGGCCGUUCUCUAUGUUCUCGGCACCCCAGCACACGUUCAAAUCCAGGAGCUAACGAUUAAACCCAUUAGAGUGAAUUCUUAAUUGAUGGCAUUAAAGUUUAUUAUCUCUCUUGUUAAUUACCUUAAUGGUCUUUAGUUAUUUUCUCUAUGAUUUAAAAAAAUAUAUUGUUAUGUGAAAAUUGAAACUAAAAAGUGCGGUAAUCUAUUUUCUAGGAUUUCCAGUGAAUUUUGUGCUAUUAUUUUGUAGUGUAAGCAAAAUAUAUAAAAUACGUUAAUUAA